AAAAAGCUUGAAUUCUGUUCAGUGUUUAGCAAUGAUGAAAACUGAAGUUGGAAAAGAUUGUAAAACCUUUGACUCUCCACGGUAGAGUCUGUUGUUUUUCUGGCUUCCUCAAGUCCUCGCUCACAGGGCUAUUGGCUGCAGAUUGCAAUUACCAUGUCUGACUCAGUAAUUCUUCGCAGUGUGAAGAAAUUUGGAGAAGAGAAUUAUGGUUUUGAGUCAGACAGAUUAUAUAACAAUGAUAAGAAUUCAAGGUUACAAGAUGAGAAAAAAGGUGACAGCACUCAAGUUAGCUUCUUUCAAUUGUUUCGAUUUUCUUCAACGACUGACAUUUGGCUGAUGUUUGUGGGAAGUGUAUGUGCAUUUCUCCAUGGACUAUCCCAUCCAGUCCUGCUCCUCAUUUUUGGCACAAUGACAGAUAUUUUUAUUGACUAUGACACUGAAUUACAAGAACUCAAGAUCCCUGGAAAAGCAUGUGUAAACAACACCAUAGUAUGGAUCAACAGCUCCCUUAACCAGGAUAUGACAAAUGGAACGCGUUGUGGGUUGCUGGACAUUGAAAGUGAAAUGAUCAAAUUUGCCAGUUACUAUGCUGGAAUUGCUUUGUCAGUACUCAUCACAGGAUAUAUUCAAAUAUGCUUUUGGGUGAUUGCUGCAGCUCAUCAGAUACAGAAUAUGAGAAAAUUUUCCUUUAGGAAAAUAAUGCGAAUGGAAAUGGGAUGGUUUGACUGCAAUUCCGUGGGAGAGCUGAACACAAGACUUUCCGAUGAUAUUAAUAAAGUCAAUGAUGCCAUUGCUGACCAAGUGGCCAUUUUCAUUCAGCGCAUGACCACAAGCAUCAGUGGGUUCCUGUUGGGAUUUUACCAGGGUUGGAAACUGACCUUGGUUAUUCUCUCUGUCAGCCCUCUUAUUGGGAUUGGAGCAGGCAUCAUUGGUCUGAGUUUGUCCAGGUUUACUGACUAUGAAUUGAAGGCCUAUGCCAAAGCAGGGUCAGUGGCUGAUGAAGUCAUUUCAUCUAUGCGAACAGUGGCUGCUUUUGGUGGUGAGAAAAAAGAGGUUGAAAGAUAUGAGAAAAAUCUUGUGUUUGCCCAGCGUUGGGGAAUUAGAAAAGGGAUAGUGAUGGGAUUCUUUACUGGAUUCAUGUGGUGUCUCAUCUUCUUCUGCUAUGCACUGGCCUUCUGGUAUGGCUCCAAACUUGUCCUCGAUGAUGAAGAAUAUACGGCAGGAACCCUCAUCCAGAUUUUCCUCAGUAUCAUAGUAGGAGCUUUAAAUCUUGGCAAUGCAUCUUCUUGUUUGGAAGCCUUUGCAACUGGGCGUGCAGCGGCCACCAGCAUUUUUCAGACAAUAGACCGGAAACCCAUCAUUGACUGCAUGUCAGAGGAUGGUUACAAGUUGGAUCGAAUUAAGGGUGAAAUUGAAUUCCAUAAUGUGACCUUCCAUUAUCCUUCCAGACCAGAGGUGAAGAUUUUGAAUAACCUCAGCAUGGUCAUUAAAUCAGGGGAAAUGACAGCUGUGGUAGGAUCCAGUGGAGCUGGGAAAAGCACAGCAAUACAGCUCAUUCAGCGUUUCUAUGACCCCAGUGAAGGCAUGGUGACUUUGGAUGGCCAUGACAUCCGCUCUCUUAACAUUCAGUGGCUUAGAGCUCAGAUUGGGAUAGUGGAGCAAGAGCCCGUUCUGUUCUCCACCACCAUUGCAGAGAAUAUUCGCUACGGCAGAGAAGAUGCAACGAUGGAAGAUAUAGUUCUAGCUGCCAAGGCAGCCAAUGCCUACAACUUCAUCAUGGACCUGCCACAGCAAUUUGACACUCUUGUUGGAGAAGGAGGAGGCCAGAUGAGCGGUGGCCAGAAACAAAGAGUGGCCAUUGCCAGAGCCCUUGUCCGAAACCCUAAGAUCCUGCUCUUGGACAUGGCCACCUCGGCGCUGGACAAUGAGAGUGAAGCCAUGGUACAAGAGGCACUGAGUAAGAUUCAGCACAGACAUACAAUCGUUUCAGUUGCUCAUCGCCUAUCCACAAUCAGAGCUGCAGAUGUCAUUAUUGGUUUUGAACAUGGUACAGCUGUGGAAAGAGGCACCCAUGAAGAAUUGAUGGAAAGGAAAGGCGUUUACUUCACUCUAGUGACUUUGCAAAGUCAAGGUGAUCAAGCUGCUAACGGAGAGGGCAUAAAAGGAGAAGACGAAACUGAAGAUGGCUCAUUUGGUGGCAGACAGACCUUUAGCAGAGAGAGCUACCAGGCUAGUUUAAGAGCUUCAAUCCGGCAACGCUCCAAGUCUCAGCUUUGUUACCUGGUACCUGAACCUCCAUUAUCUGUUGUAGAUCAUAAGUCUACUUACGAAGAAGACAGAAAGGACGAGGAUAUUCCUGUGGAAGAAGAAAUUGAACCUGCCCCAGUUCGGAGGAUUCUGAGAUUCAAUGCUCCAGAAUGGCCCUACAUGCUGGUAGGGGCUGUGGGCGCCUCUGUCAAUGGUUCAGUCACACCUCUCUAUGCCUUUUUAUUCAGCCAGAUUCUUGGGACUUUUUCACUUCUUGAUAAAGAAGAACAAAGGUCACAGAUCAAUGUUGUGUGCCUGCUUUUUGUAGUAUUGGGCUGUAUAUCCAUUUGCACUCAGUUUCUGCAGGGAUAUGCUUUUGCUAAAUCUGGAGAACUCCUCACAAAAAGGCUACGUAAAUUUGGUUUCAGAGCAAUAUUAGGACAAGACAUUGGCUGGUUUGAUGACCUGAGAAAUAGCCCUGGGGCACUAACAACAAGGCUUGCUACAGAUGCCUCUCAAGUUCAAGGGGCGACUGGCUCUCAAAUCGGGAUGAUGGUCAAUUCCUUCACUAACAUCACUGUGGCCAUGAUCAUUGCCUUCAUCUUUAGCUGGAAGCUAAGCCUGGUUAUAGUGUGCUUCUUCCCCUUCUUGGCUUUAUCGGGAGCCAUACAGAUCAGAAUGUUGACAGGAUUUGCCACUCAAGACAAGCAGGCUCUGGAGAUAGCGGGCCAGGUUACAAAUGAAGCUCUCAGUAAUAUCCGCACUGUUGCUGGAAUUGGAAAAGAGAGGCAGUUUAUUAAAGCAUUUGAGAUUGAGCUGGAGAAGCCAUUCAAGACAGCCUUUCGAAAAGCGAACGUUUAUGGAUUCUGCUAUGGUUUGUCCCAGUGCACAGUGUUUGUUGCUAACUCUGCUUCCUACAGAUAUGGAGGUUACUUAAUCCUCAAUGAGGGGCUCCAUUUCAGCUAUGUGUUCAGGGUGAUCUCUUCAGUGAUACUAAGUGCGACAGCUUUUGGAAGAGCCUCCGCUUACACCCCUAGUUAUGCCAAAGCUAAAAUAUCAGCUGCACGCUUUUUUCAACUGCUGGACCGACAACCCCCAAUUAAUGUGUACAGUAGUGCAGGUGAAAAGUGGGACAACUUCCAAGGCCAGAUUGACUUUGUUGACUGCAAAUUUACAUAUCCUUCUCGACCUAAUGUACAAGUUCUGAAUGGUCUCUCAAUAUCGGUCCGUCCAGGCCAAACACUGGCAUUUGUUGGAAGCAGCGGAUGUGGCAAAAGCACCAGCAUUCAGCUUUUGGAACGUUUUUAUGAUCCUGACGAAGGGAAGGUGAUGAUAGAUGGGCAUGACAGCAAAAAAGUAAAUGUCCAGUUUCUCCGCUCGAACAUUGGAAUUGUUUCCCAGGAACCGGUGCUGUUUGCCUGUAGCAUAAUGGACAACAUCAAGUAUGGGGACAACACCAGGGAAAUUCCCAUGGAAAAAGUCAUAGAAGCUGCAAAGCAGGCUCAGUUGCAUGACUUUGUCAUGUCACUCCCAGAGAAAUAUGAAACUAAUGUUGGGCCCCAGGGGUCUCAACUGUCUCGAGGGGAGAAACAACGGAUUGCUAUUGCUCGGGCCAUUGUACGAGAUCCUAAAAUCUUGCUACUAGAUGAGGCUACUUCUGCCUUAGACACAGAAAGUGAAAAGACAGUGCAGGUCGCCCUGGACAAAGCCAGAGAAGGUCGGACCUGCAUUGUCAUUGCUCAUCGUUUGUCUACCAUCCAAAACUCAGAUAUCAUUGCUGUCAUGUCACAGGGGGUAGUGAUUGAAAAGGGGACCCAUGAAGAACUGAUGGACCAGAAGGGAGCCUACUACAAACUAGUCAUCACAGGAGCCCCCAUCAGUUGACCUGACUCAAGAACUUCAUGUACAGAUGAUGCACCAAUUACAAGAGUGCCAUGGGGUUGUGUUUUUUUCUUUAAGGAGAAAUGAUAAUACUUUACUUUUUCAGGCAUUGUCAUAUGUUGGGAUCCAAGCUAAUUUCUAAUGACUUUCAAAACAAUUUAGUGUUAAAUAUCUGUAUAUAGAAAAUGAAAGAAACUAGGGUUAGCAUGAGUUAAAAUCCAAUGGCAAGCAUCUGCUUAGCCAUCACCCAGUGGCUUCUCCAUGCAGAAGCCAUUCGCAGUUACUACAUGGGAAUUAGUGGGAAGGCAUAGAGUAAAUGAGACUUUGAAUUCCUUGAGAGCAGAGGAUUGUCCUAUGCAUUUUUGAAACUUCAGUGUACACAGAGCCUAUGCACUUAUAAUAGGCACUCAACAAAUGUUUAUCAAGCUGGACCAAGGUCAUAUGUGAAAACAACAGGAAGACUGACACCCAACUAUUUCCUGAUUAAAAUUUUCUUUCACGUUAAAAGAGAUUCAUUCAUCUUUAAGGAUGGGGAUAGGAAAAGGAGGACUUUGAUACUCUGGAUGUUCUCAGAAUGGGAAAGGCAGAAAGGGGCAAGUAUUCACAAGGACUUACUAGGAAGGGGUAUUGAUUUACAGAAUCAGGGUGUAGUGCCUAAGGGGUGAAGUCAUUAGAAUCUACUAAUGUGGCUUUUUUGUAUAAUGCUAUGUGAAACUAUGACAAAAUAAAAUGCAGUAUUUUUA